GUUUCACAUGUAUUAACACGACCGAGAAAUGCAAAAUGGAUGGCAGUUACCUUCAAAUAUUGGUUGUCAUAGGAAACACUCUGAAUAUCUAUUUGUGGCUAAAGUGUUACUUCAGUAAAAGUAACGGAGUGGACAUAAUUAGUUACCACUCACUUCAGCACCCUGAAUGAAUAAAAAGGUGAACUGAUUCCAGGUGAACCAAGACAGUUACACCAAAAGAUCAAUCGACAGACUGACGUGUACUUGAAAAUCAGAAGCAGAAGUCCAGCAACAUUCCAGAGCUGCAGGGAGAUGCUGCUGGUUGUGGUGCUUCUGUUGCACCGCAUCGUUACAGCUGAGGCCUGUCUGCAGUGUGACCGCACCAUCAAGACCAUGCAUGAGGACUACAUCUUGUCUGCUUCCUCCGUGGCAGAACAAAUUACUUUUCAAAUGAUUUCUGACCAAGCCUUUGUGUCGUACAAGAAAACAAGUCAGAGUCGAAAGGGAGUCAUUGAUCCAACCACGUUGUACAGAGCCAAAACUGAGUACCAGAGUGAAUUUCACCGCUUCUUGAACGCUCCUCGUGUUGAGGCUAUAAAAUUCGAAACCAUUCAGAUCAUGGAGAAAGGCAGGCAAAUCUUAGAGAAACACUUGGACAUUUUCAUUCCUAAAGAACUUUGCCCCAACAAGUGUGGGUUUCUCAAAAGAAGAGUAUUGGAUUGUGUCUCUUGCAAGUACAAGACGUACGUCUGUCCAGUUGUGUCAGACCAGCUGGUCUGUGACGUGCAUACAGUGCAGGGAGAGGAGGAAGGCCAAGUGGUAUUGAAUUGCUUCCUUCCAUGGCAUCGUUUCAUUCUGGGAAAACCAGAGUACCACUACUCCAGGGCCAUUGGAGAGGCAGAUGCCACAAAGCUGACUGAAAAGGAUUUUCAGCCCUUGGUGGUGACACAAGACGCAUCUAUAAUCCUGAAUCAGCUUCAUUUGGAUGAGCAAGGAACAUAUCGCUGCUCUCUGCAAGAUGAAAAUGGAGCCGUCUACUAUCGAGCCGCUUUCCUGCUCACAGUCGAGCCUUUGGCUCUUCAGACCCGCCAGCCCUUCGUCACUCUGCCCCCACUGGCUCAUGGCGUCUCCUCUACAGAGAACCGUCUUGUGGUUCUCAUUGUUGUGGUUACAGCACUGAGUCUGGCAGCGAGCGUAGGCCUCAUAGUUCUCCUGAGGACGAUGAUGAAUCGGCAGAAACAAGUCAAAGACAUGAGGAUCAAAAAGAAUGGCAAACGCACAAAGGCCACAGUAUGAUGUAUACAGUAAUUACACUUUCACGGGACG